AUGCUAACGGUUGAAGGUAGCUCGAGUGGUCAUAUCGGCCCAAGAAAUCAGUUUGCUUUUUGGAUGCUCGGUUUAUGCAACAAUUUUGCAUAUGUGAUUAUGCUUAGUGCAGCAGAAGACAUACUAUCAGUGGAAGAUGGUCCCAAAACAUCCUCUAAAAGCACUGACAAUCCUUGCCAGAGUUCAAUUAUUCGCCAUCAAUGUCGGCCAUUAUCAACUGGUUCAGUGUUAUUAGCAAAUAUCAUACCAAGUUUGGUUGUAAAAAUAUUCUAUCCGUUUGUCAUGCAUCGCAUUCCUUUUGGUACGCGACAUUUGUUCACUGUUCUUCUUCAGAUAAGCAGCUUCCUGGCGGUUGCUUUUGCACGAAAUAUUCUUAUGAGUUUGACUGGUGUUGCUUUAGCAAGCAUUGGAGCGGGUAUUGGAGAAGUCACUUUUCUUUCUUUGACCACUUAUUUUCCUAAUAAUGUGGUGGGAGCAUGGUCGUCUGGAACGGGUGGCGCUGGAAUUUUUGGUUCAUUUGCGUAUGCGAUGCUGACUGAUAUGCAUAUGUUAGGAUUGACACCGCAGAAUGCACUAUUGCUUAUGCUGAUUGUUCCAUUCACUUUUGCUUUCACUUACUGGGAAUUAUUGCUGCUACCUAGGAGCAUAUAUAGAGUUUCAUUAUGCAAACCAUCAACUUAUUUGGUCACCUGUGCAACAUUAGGCAGACGAAGAAGGAGCGAUAUAGGCAGUGGCGAUGAAGUAGCACAGUUGAUCAAUAGUUAUGAUGACUCUGAUGGUGAAGUCAGUACCACCGUUCAGCAACAAAGUUUGAAAGAUAAACUGGUAAUAGCCAAGCCCCUUAUUUUGAAAUAUAUGUUUCCACUCGCUUUGGUUUAUUUUGUGGAGUAUUUUAUUAACCAAGGAUUGCUGGAAUUACUUGUAUUCGACUGUGCACAUAGUUUUGGCAUUAGUCAGAAUGGGCAGUAUCGCUGGUAUCAAGUACUUUAUCAGUUUGGAGUAUUUACUUCGCGCUCUUCUAUUGAGUUCAUCCAACUUCGACCAUCUUCUAUACUAUUGAUUCCUAUUCUGCAAGCAGUAAAUGCUAUCUUCCUGUUUUGGGACGCUCUCAGAUCAUUCAUACCACAUGUCAUUGCUGUGUUUAUUAUUGUUUUCUAUGAAGGAUUAUUGGGUGGAGCAGCUUAUGUUAACACUUUCCAUCUGCUACAUAAGUCGAUCCCAAUAGAAGGAAGAGAAUUCAGUUUGGGUUUCGUUUCCAUGUCUGAUUCAUUUGGCAUUGUAUGUGCAGGUUUUUUAGCUAUACCAGCUCAUAAUUUCAUUUGUGGUAUGCCUGUCUGA